GUUUUUUUUUUUUUUCAUUCUUGACCACUAACGCCUCCUGUGCCUAAUAAAGUGCUCGUAACAUUUUCUCCUUAAUUGAGGUUAUUAAUAAUCACCAAAUCCGAGGUAUGAAAUUCAAAGAAAAACAUGAUCGUGUGACAACUAGUGCUGAAACAGAGGAUCAACUUUUUUGGCAACUUUCCUUUUUUCUUUUCUCAUUCCUUUUCAUUUCUUUAUUAUUAAAUUGCACCAUUAAGUUAUUAACUGGCAAAUCACAUUGAAAAAACCACACCACUUAGGUUUCUGCCUCAAUCUUCUCACCUCUUCCUUCUCAUGAAUAAAAUGCAUAUUAUUACUUAAAAUUUUCUAAUUUAUGCAACAUAUAAAAAAUUAUAUAUUAUAGUUUUUUUUAAUUGAAAAUGUGUCAUUUAAUAAUAUUAAAGUACUAAAUUGCAUUGAAUUUUAUAAUUUUUUAUAAAAUGUUAUGCGAAUUUAAAAAAUUGUUAUUAUAAUAUGAGAGAGAGAUUGUGUCAUGUUAAAAUGGCAAUGAACCUGACAGAAAAACCGAUUUGCCAAGUCUUCUUCCUCUGAGUUUCCCCCUUUUUCGUAAAACCAAGAGAUUAGAAAAUGCAACCAUAACCUCCUUCUCUCCAUGGUUCUUAGAGCUCAUGAUUUCUUCGUAGAAGCCAGAAAACAAGAACAACCCGUUACCCGUUUCUCCAAAAAGUUCAGAUCUUUGUAUUCACUUUCCCUUCACAAGCACUCUUAUGCAUUAAAAUGAGAGACAUAGUUUCUUGUUUCAGCGAGAACUCAGUGAACGUGUCUCACUAUUACUCAUGUUCUAGCUACUCAAACAACACUUGCAUCUCUCCCACCGCUGCACCUUCAACACAAAACUCAAUCUCAAGUGUCUACAAAAUACUUCUCUCCACGCUGAAGCACUUUCUCAUCACCGUCACUUGGUGUAAGAGCCACUCCAACCAAGGACUCAGCAUAAGCUUCGGAGAUGAAGACCCUUCACCCUUCAGACUCAACACCAAUUCACGCUUUUUCAGGAAGAAAAAGGGUAGCAAAUUGAUAGAGUCUUCUCAUGAGUUAAAGAUUGAAGUCAUGUGGGAUCUUUCAAAUGCCAAGUAUGAUGCUGGACCAGAACCUGUUGAAGGGUUUUAUGUUGUGAUUCUUGUUGAUUCAGAAAUAGGUUUGGUGCUUGGUGACAUGGCUGAAGAAGCUGUGGCCAAGAGGUUCAAAACUAGCACUCCUAUGGCUAAGGUUUCACUUGUAUCAAGAAGGGAACAUUGUUCAGGUAACACCCUUUAUAACACUAAGGCUCAGUUCUGUGACACUGGCACGUGGCAUGAUGUUAUGAUCAGAUGCAGUGUGGAAAAUGAAGGGCUCAAGUAUCCUGUUCUUUCUGUGUGCAUUGAUAAGAAGACAGUGAUUCGUGUGAAGAGGUUGCAGUGGAAUUUUAGGGGUAAUCAAACAAUUUUUGUUGAUGGGUUGUUGGUGGAUUUGCUUUGGGAUGUUCAUGAUUGGUUCUUCAACCCUGCUUCUGGAUAUGCAGUGUUCAUGUUCAGGACCAGGAGUGGAAUGGAUAGCAGGUUGUGGUUAGAGGAGAAGAUUGCACAGAAAGAUAAAGACACAGUUGAAUUCUCCUUGUUGAUCUAUGCCUGUAAGAGCUCAUAAGGGAACUUGUUCAUCUUAAUUUUUGUAACUUCUUUCUUUGUCUUAAUCUCUUAUUCUUUUAUUUUCCUUGCCUUAACUCUUAUUUUCCUUUCCUCUUGAAAGGAUACAUAUACUCAUUCUUUUUUAUCCUAGGAAAGAGAAAGACAAUCAUUUAGAGUUUUUAGAAAUUUGAGUUAUAGCAGAAAAAUGAGUCAUUUCUCUGCGUUUAUCCUUGGACCCGUGUGGAACUGACUGGUUUGCAUGUUACUAGAAGUGUCCAAUAUCGAUUUUCUUAUCAACCAAACAAAAGCAUGUAGUCAUAGGAAAAUGUCCAAAUUGAUUAGAACUCCAAGAGAGUGCACUGCACAAACAAGCUUUUCAGUUUAAUGACAUGGACGUCAAUGAAAAUUUGCAAAACGGGUAAUGGAUGAGAAAGUUUGAUUUUCAUGUUGAAUUGCCAGGCCUUUAUAGGAAAUAAACAUAAAGAAUGUUAUGGAUGGAAUGACCAAUGUCCUAACCAUAAUCUUUCAUUAAAAGAUAAAAAUGUUUUUUUGAUGAUAACCGUCCAACUAAUGGAGUCACAUUACACGACAAGGUAUGAUGUCUUUCCAUUUGCUUCUCAUAUAGCAAUUCAAAACUUCAAACACAAUUCAAUGCUAGAGUAGAGUAAUUUACAGAGCAUUGAAGCUUGAACAACUUUAGAGGGAAAAUUAGCUUUGGUUUGGUUGAGUCACUGUCAUAUCAAAAUCAUUCAAACCACGCUCCAACAUUUUAAAUAAUCGGCUUGUCUUUACUGGCGUGGUGGAACCUUU